CCGAAGUGCCGCGCGAGGUAUUAUCGGCGGUGAUUGGGACAAACGGCCGCGGACUACACUUCCCUACAUGCCGCGCGAGGCGCUGCCGCCGCCGGGGCAAACGGCCACGAACUACACUUCCCGACACGCCGCGCGAGGUGCUGCCAGCUGCCGGCCGAGGGCGGGCGGACGCAGGAGCUGCGGACGUGAGGCAUGAGCGGCGCCCUCCCCCGGCCCGCGAGAGUCCUGCUGGCUCCCCGAGCGAGGGUCGCGCGGCGCGGGGCCUAGCGGAGGGCAUCGGAGGCCUCGGCGUGCGCACGGGCUGCUGCGGCCGCGCCGGGCGCCGGGGAGGGCGGCGGCCGCCAUGGAGGUGAGCGGGCCGGAAGACGACCCCUUCCUCUCGCAGCUGCACCAGGUGCAGUGCCCCGUGUGCCAGCAGAUGAUGCCCGCCGCGCACAUCAACUCGCACCUGGACCGCUGUCUGCUGCUUCACCCCGCGGGGCACGCGGAGCCCGCGGCCGGGUCGCACCGCGCCGGGGAGCGGGCCAAGGGGCCCUCGCCACCCGGCGCCAAGAGGCGGCGGCUGUCGGAGAGCUCGGCGCUGAAGCAGCCUGCCACCCCGACGGCAGCCGAGAGCAGCGAGGGCGAGGGCGAGGAGGGCGACGACGGCGGCGAGACCGAGAGCCGCGAGAGCUACGACGCGCCGCCCACGCCCAGCGGCGCCCGCCUCAUCCCCGACUUCCCGGUGGCCCGCUCCAGCAGCCCCGGGAGGAAGGGGUCGGGGAAGAGGCCGACGGCCGCCGCCGCGGCGGGGAGCGCGUCUCCGCGCAGCUGGGACGAGGCGGAGGCGCAGGAGGAGGAGGAGGCCGUGGGCGACGGCGAUGGCGACGGGGACGCGGACGCGGACGGCGAGGACGACCCGGGGCACUGGGACGCGGACGCUGCCGAAGCCGCCACCGCCUUCGGGGCCAGCGGCGGGGGCCGCCCGCACCCCCGGGCGCUGGCGGCCGAGGAGAUCCGACAGAUGCUACAGGGCAAGCCGCUGGCCGACACGAUGCGUCCUGACACGCUCCAGGACUACUUCGGGCAGAGCAGGGCCGUGGGCCAGGAUACCCUGCUGCGCUCGCUCCUGGAGACCAACGAAAUCCCCUCGCUUAUCCUGUGGGGGCCGCCAGGCUGCGGCAAGACCACUCUGGCUCACAUCAUAGCCAACAACAGCAAGAAACAUAGCAUAAGGUUUGUGACAUUAUCUGCAACAAAUGCCAAGACAAAUGAUGUGCGAGAUGUCAUAAAACAAGCUCAAAAUGAAAAGAGCUUUUUCAAAAGGAAAACCAUCCUUUUUAUUGAUGAGAUUCAUCGGUUCAAUAAAUCUCAGCAGGACACUUUCCUUCCUCACGUGGAAUGUGGGACGAUCACUCUGAUUGGGGCAACCACUGAAAACCCUUCCUUCCAGGUCAACGCUGCUCUUCUGAGCCGCUGUCGAGUGAUUGUUCUUGAGAAGCUUCCAGUAGAGGCAAUGGUGACUAUUUUAAUGCGAGCGAUCAACUCCCUGGGAAUCCACGUCCUAGACUCUAGCCGUCCCACUGACCCUCUGAGCCACAGCAGCAACAGCAGCUCAGAGCCCGCCAUGUUCAUAGAGGAUAAAGCAGUAGACACCCUGGCUUACCUCAGUGACGGUGACGCCCGAGCUGGGUUGAACGGACUGCAGCUGGCGGUGCUGGCUAGGUUAAGCUCUAGGAAGAUGUUCUGUAAGAAGAGUGGGCAAUCCUAUUCUCCGAGUAGAGUUCUGAUCACAGAGAAUGAUGUGAAGGAGGGCCUACAGCGAUCCCACAUUUUAUAUGACCGGGCAGGUGAGGAACAUUACAACUGCAUCUCCGCCCUGCACAAGUCCAUGCGGGGCUCAGACCAGAACGCCUCCCUCUACUGGCUGGCUCGCAUGCUCGAGGGAGGAGAGGACCCGCUCUACGUGGCACGGAGGCUUGUCAGGUUUGCCAGCGAGGACAUAGGUCUGGCAGACCCGUCUGCAUUAACACAAGCAGUUGCUGCCUACCAAGGCUGUCAUUUUAUAGGCAUGCCCGAAUGUGAGGUGCUUCUGGCCCAGUGUGUGGUCUACUUUGCCAGAGCCCCAAAGUCCAUUGAGGUGUACAGCGCCUACAACAACGUCAAAGCCUGCCUGAGGAACCACCAGGGGCCACUGCCCCCCGUGCCCCUGCACCUGAGGAACGCGCCCACUAGGCUGAUGAAGGAUUUGGGCUAUGGCAAAGGCUACAAGUACAACCCCAUGUACAGCGAGCCUGUGGAUCAGGAGUACCUGCCUGAAGAGUUGAGGGGAGUAGAUUUCUUCAAGCAGAGGAGGUGCUGACUCCUCAGGCCAUGACAGCAGAAGGAUGUUGCUUUUUUUAAGGGAGGGCCAGAAAGAAAGUAACUGGAUUGCAAAGUUGGUUGCCUGGUGGAAGUUAGAACAGACCAACAUUUUGUGCCAGAAAUUUAAGAGUUUCAUAGGUGGAGGCGCAGUUAUUUCAACUAAAUGUGUAACUUUGAAAUUGUGUUCAUUUGCACUCAGUGCAGCGGUUAUGCUUAUGAAAAUAUCUGGCGGCUUUGUGCAAUGAAUUAAUGUUAUAAGGAAUUAUCUAUUUUGUCAUAGUAUUUAAGUCAUAAUGUCAUUUCAGAAUUCAGUUCUGUAGGAUUUUUUUUUUCUUUAAAAAAUGUAUAUUCUGGGUAGUUUUAAUUGGUAAAAAAAAAUGUAAUUGUGAUUUAAUACUGCAUAGUGUUUUGGGUAUUUUUUUUAUAUGCAAAGGUCUUAUGAGCCAAUAAAACUAUUUCAAAGUACUCCUCGAUUCUGUCAUGGUUUUCCCGCCUGGAUGCUAGGUACCAGCGUUGUCACCAUUGCAUUUGGUGGGUGGAUACUGGGAAGGAGAAAUCACCCAGAUGGGAAGAACAGGGAGCUUAGUUAAGAAGUCAGUGUUACCUUGUUGAAAGUUAGCUCUGAUCUCUUUAAAGGAAUCCAUACAGGAAUUCUUCUUUCAAUGGCUUGUAGAAGACUCCGGUAGUCCCAUGCCCAUCCCUCCGCACUUGUCCUGGUUUCUUCAUGCAGCUCCAUAUUUCUAAACAGUCAUUUUUCUUUUACUUUUUGUGUGUCCUGAACACAAAAUAUGCCACUCCUCCUGCUCGGUUGAGAGUUAUUUGUCCCUACUGCUAUGCUACUUCCUCUCCCUCUCCUUAGUCACAUGUCGUGCGUAUUCCCACAAGGAUGGCCCCUUCAGGUAGUCGGUUCUCCCCCCGCCGUUGCGUGCUCCCUCCUGGGGUCCUCCUGCCAUGUCUGGAGGGCUGCUGGCUGUUGGCCUGGGAUGUCCUCUGCCUUUAUUCUGAGUGAGAUUCCCAUUUUCUGGAUGCUCCAUCCUGCCUUCUUGGUUUAUUCUGCUAUUUGAGUGCAACCCAUCCUCUAGUAGUUUUAUCAGGCCGGAGGGAUUGUACGUUGCAGAGGCUUGGUGCCGACUGGCUUCCCUCCUGUCUGGAGUGGUUGCGCUGUAGUGUACAGGUGCCAUCCCCAGAAUCUCCCUCCGUCAUCACCCUGGAGCUUUCCUUUGCUUCUCCCUGCACCCCAUCUGAUUACAGGACUGACUGUGCUUUCUGGCACAGGUGGCAUGUACCCUCUAGUAGCUUUACGGAGCAGGGGUGUGUGGAGGAAAAGUAUUUUUACACCUCAGGAGACUCAAAAUGCUUUUAUUCUACCUUCAGACGUGUCUGAGAGUUUGGCUGGGAAUAAAUUGUAGGUAAGAAAUUACUUGUCCAUUGUUUUACACUUUCCCACAUUGUUGUCAAGUUUGAAGGCACCCUGAUGUGUGUGGUCUUUUGUUUGUAACCUCUAUCAACUUGUAGAUUCUUCUGUCUUUGCUCCCCGUGUUUUAAAAGUCUGCACCGGGCACUUGGUGGGCCUUUGAACCUGGAAAAUCCUUUCAGUUCUAGGGAAGUUUCUUUUUUUAUUCAAUAAAUUUAUUUAUUUAUGAGACCAACUCUUGCUCUUCUUCCCAGGCUGGAGUGCAAUGACAUGAUCUCAGCUCACUGCAACCUCCACCUCCCAGGUUCAAGCGAUUCUCCUGCCUCAGCCUCCCAAGUAGUUGGGAUUACAGGCGCCCACCACCACCCGAGGCUAAUUUUUGUAUUUUUAGUAGAGACGGGGUUUUGCCAUGUUGGUCAGGCUGGUCUCGAACUCCUGACCUCAGGUAAUCCACCCACCUCAGCCUCCCAAAGUGCUGGGAUUACAGGUGUGAGCCACCACGCCCAGCCUCAAUAAAUAGUGAGUGCCUGUUUUAUUCUUGUUGAAACACAUCAGCGAGCAGAAGAGACCAAAAAUUCUGUGUUCUUGAAGCUUAUGGAGAAGCAAUUCUUUCUGUGUGAUUGUAUACCUUGAGAGCCAAGAAGAGUCUGAACAGCUAACAGUCCAGUAAAGUGGCCACAUGGAACAACACAUGAAAAUCCAUAGCCUCCGGGUCACUACUGCAGUCAGAAAAGACACCAAGAAGAAUAUUCCAUUCUCAGUAGCAACCUGGAAAGAAACUGAAUUGUAACUGAGGAGCAGGACUUACAUGAAGAAAACUACCACACUAUACCCUACUAUUGAAACAAAAGAAAAUGCGAACGAAAGUAGAGAGAAGCUGUUUUCCUCAAAGGCGUCAUCUCAAAUUUAUUUUUACAUUCCUGUCAUGCUUGGCAUGUAGAAUGUGAUCAGUACAUACUUGUUGAAUGACAAAAUGAGGGGAUAAAUAAACUUUCCCUAAGAUGUCCAUGUAGACGUUUGAAAAUAGAAGUCUGUUGUUGAUGCUUCUGUCCACCAGGAGUCAGGCUUCAGCCAGGAGAGAGUGAGCCAGUGUCUAAGCUGUCUCUCACCAGGGCUUCCACCAGGUCCAGGUCACCAGGUUCAGGCCAAGACUGAGUUUCAGUAUUUGUCGUUAACCUGGUAGAGUAAUAAACAGUUUUAAAGUAGA